AUGAAUGGGAACGGGUUGCAAGCACUUCACAUGGACGGGGAGCGUGUGACUUGCGUUGGUGUUUCACCAAGGUACCUGCUUUGGUGCGUCGAGGGUGGUAGGGCAGCAACACUGCACAUGUGGGAGUCGCGCGAGGAGCAACCCUUUGCAGUACCGCUGGUGAAGUUGGGUUUUACUCCAACUUUAAUCUCCUCCUUGGAAGAGAAAGUUGUCGUGGUAGGUGACAAAGUUGUGGCACUGUUCACGAUGGAAUGGAUGUCUUUUUGUGCUAUCGAAUUGCACCGAGAUGACGAAGAGGAAGAUGAGGGAGGAGGAAAUCUAAGGGUUAGAGAGGAGUUCACAUGUAGUGACAUCCCUGCUGGUGUAACACACAUUUCGUGGGCCCCGGAUGGGACUGCAGCGGCUCUUUCAUCACCGCAGCAACUCGUUUUGAUGGACUGCCGCGUCAGAUACAACGACACAAGUCACAACGUCCACGAAUUUUGGCCCUGCUUAAUGGUAGACUGCAGAAAUUUGUAUGGUGACCCUGGCGCUGCCUUUACUGCAUUCACUGCGAGUCACCUUUUUCUGUUGUCCACACGGAAUCACCUGGUGAUGACCCGUUUCAGUGACAAUAACAACAGUAGUGGCCAUGAUGCUUGCUAUUAUCAUGAGCCGCAACUUGAGAGGGAUGGUCACAUUAUCGCGCGAGCCCGCCAGGUUACAUCUUUUGCGGUAGGUGGUAGUGAAGAAGGACACCUUGUCGCAGGGUUCUCCGACGGAACGCUGAAGCUGCUGCGUCAGGAUUCAAUGGAGGUGUUCUUCACCCUUGAUGUGACGAAGCAGCUGUACCGCUCGCCAAGUAAGCCACCACCGUCGGACAUGGGGGAAAAUGCUAUGGAGAUCUUGAGUGUAGCAGUUGGCCGUCGAUACAUGGUAGUGGUGCGGGCGGAUGCAGUCAUAUGCUACGAUAAGAGGUCGAUGGAGUUAAUUGAGGAAAAAACGGUGUUUCUUUUUGGCAAGGGGCCGGUAAUGUCGACGUGCGCAGGAGAUGGGUCAUGGUGUGUCUGGACGCCACACAAUCAAGAGCUUCUUUACUAUACAGCUCCAGUACAGGAGUUUCAUGGUGCUGACAACAAGGCAGAUAUCGUACAUGCCCAAGUCCCGCUCCCUUCAAACCUACUUGAGCCACUUCGUUUGCCGUUUCAACAGGAAUCACUUGCUGCGUGUACUGGAAAAGGGGCUAACAAAAAUAAGGCUCAAAAAAAGCUUCUGGUUGAGAAGCCAGUAACGCACAGUCAUGCUAUUAAAAGCAGUGGGUAUGGAAGUGCUGUACCCUGGAGCGUCCAGCAGCAGCGUGCCAAGCAGGCGCGGGAAAGGGUUCAAAAAGGAGUUCAACAUCCUCGUUCAGUCGCCUCAGUUUUAAGGUACAAGGCCUUACCGUUUCCUGGGCAUCCUUUUGAGCCUAUGACAAAGGCAAACAAGAUUCUUUUAUCUUCACCUGUUCAUCAAGCCAUAGUUACGGACGCCGUGUUCUCUGCGAGUGGGUCUGCACUGUUGACAGCUUCUGGUGACACCACCGCAAACUGGUUGAAGUACCCUGUAGAAAGAAACGGAGGGGAGGGUACACUGAUGGAGAUUCAUGCCAGCCCUGUGAAUACCAUUGAUGUCAGUCUAUCCCUUAAUGCGCCUCUUGUACUAACUGGGUCAGCUGACGGUACAGUGGCAAUGUGGAAACCCACAAAACGAGAAGCGCCGUAUAUUGUGCAAAAAGUUGCCAAGGAUGUACGCGUGAUUAAGUUUUUCUACAUUGACAAAUUUAUUUGUUACACUGCUGGAAACACAGUAUCUUUCUGCCGUUAUGCGUUGGAUGACGGAGGUGGUGACUUGCAUCGUAACCGCAAUGAAUCUAAAAUGGAAUCUGUGCUAGAGUUUACCGUUGAUUCAGCUCAGUCUGUGGUAGCCAUGGAUGCCAUAAAUUAUUUCACGUCCAACGUUAUGGUUUGGGUAGGAUCGAACAAGUCGGUUGGUAUCUACGACGUUUCUGUCGGGCAGAGCAUUCAGGUCGUGGAGGAGGCUCACCUACGUCCCAUCCACCACGUCGCAAUGCUAGCCUCCAGCCGAUAUGCCACACCCAGUACGAAUCUUUUACACACAUACUUAACAGCUGGUUUGGACUCCACGGUACGACUUUGGGACCUGCGCCAGCGGCGAUCCGUGCGACAGUUGGCGCUGCACCGAAACACUGCAGCUCCGGUUGGUGCGACAUUGUCCCCUAAUGGGGCUGUGGUAGCGGUUGGCAGCGAAACCCAAGACGUAGUUGUCUAUGAUGUGGGCUCUGGCGCAGUUGUAGAUACAAUAAAUGUGGGUGGUACACCCACCGCUCUCAGUUGGCAUCCGUUAGAAAAUGUUCUCGCCGUAGGCACAGCCACAGGUACCAUAAAACUGAUGAGGCAACGCGGAAGAUAA